AUGGGUUCCUCAUCUUGGCAUGUUUGUUCUCCAGAUGUUCUGACCCGUUUGUUUGUGUUGGUCCUCCAGAGGAAGCAGCAAGCAGAGAAGAGGAAGUCGACGUCGUCAGAGGAAGAGAAGAAGAAGAAGAGGCUCAGUGAGGAGGAGGAGUCUGCAGACGCUCAGCAGACAAACAGGAAGACACCACAGAAGAAGAAGGACACCGGACGGAGCAUCAAGACGUCAUCCCUGUUCAAACACAACCCAGAGAUCCCUGAGAUCCACAGACCUGAUGUUUCUCAGUUAAAGGAGAAGAUCUUCACCAGCGACUCGUUUUCAGACCUCAGCCUGCAUCCACACCUGGUGGCGACACUGAACAAGGUGCUGAAUGUUUCCACGGUAACCAGUGUUCAGAAGCAGACCAUCCCGGUUCUUCUGUCGGGUCGGGAUGCUGUGGUUCGUUCUCAGACCGGAUCAGGUAAGACGCUGUCCUACGCCGUUCCCGUGGUCCAGAGUCUGCAAGCGGUCCAGCCAAAGGUCAGCAGGUCCGACGGCCCUCUGGCUGUUGUCAUCGUCCCCACCAGAGAGCUCGCCCAGCAGACAUUCCUGAUCUUCCAGAAGCUCCUGAAGCCGUUUACCUGGAUUGUUCCAGGUGUGCUGAUGGGAGGAGAGAAGAGGAAAGCAGAGAAGGCCAGGCUCCGUAAAGGCAUCAACAUCCUGAUCUCGACGCCGGGCCGUCUGGUGGAUCACAUCAGAAACACUCUGAGCAUCGCCUUCAGCGCCGUCCGCUGGCUGAUCCUGGACGAGGCCGACCGGACCUUGGACUUGGGUUUUGAGAAGGAUCUGACCAUCAUAUUAAAUAGUUUGAACUCUAACGGACCGAGCCGACAGAACGUGCUGCUGUCAGCGACACUCACACAAGGUGUGACUCGAUUAGCAGACGUUUGUCUUCACAACCCAGUCAGCAUCAACGUGUCAGGCCCCGCCUCCUCUGACCUCACCGCCAGCUCGACUCUGAACUCUGACCCCAGCGCGGCCAGCCAAUCAGAGAGCUUUGCUGUGCCGGAGGCUCUGAAGCAGUUUGUGGUGGUGGUUCCCAGUAAGGUCAGACUCGUGUGUCUGGCUGCUUUCAUACUGGACAAAUGCAAGGUAACCAUGACGACCUGUUUUAGGUCCAGUUCACACCUGCUGUUACCAUGGUGACCCAAACCCAUAGAAACC